AUGAAAUACCUUGUCGAUAACUUCAAAAAGGCGAAUAGCAAUUCGACGCUCACAAAGCUUUAUUGGAAAGCUAUAUGUACAUUGUAUAUAUCAGACUUCGAUGAGUAUAUGGCAAAGAUUAAGAGUGCAAAUACUAGAGCUUAUGACUGGAUGAUGUUACAACAUCCAAAAUAUUGGGCAAACACACAUUUUAAGGGGUGUAGAUACAAUCAUCUGACAUCGAACAUCUCUGAAUCAUUUAACCAGUGUAUAUUUCAGGCUCGGGAGAAGCCCCUUAUUAAACUCCUUGAAAUCUUAAGGGUUAAGCUCAUGGGAGAAUUUUCAAAUAAGAUGACCAGGUCCUUAGAAUGGAGCGACGUUCUUAUACCGAAGACCCAAAAGGUAAUAGACCUGAGGAGGGAUAAACCCAGAUUCUUUCAUGCAGACACAUGGGCACAUGAUGGCAUGUAUGAGAUCAAUGCGGAUAAGAAAUAUGCUCUUAAUCUGGAGAUUCAUACAUGCAGUUGUCGGGUGUGGCAGGUUGGUGAGUUAUCGUGUAGUCAUGCAAUUGCCGUUAUAGAUCAUAGGCAUGAAGAUGUUAUAAAUUUUUGCGGCAUUUAUUUCAUAGUACAAAUGUACCGUAGAACAUAUUCCCUUCCCUUCAACAAAAUGCCUAAUGUACUAGAGUUGCCAGAGAUUGUCUAUACAACGGUAAUGUUGUCCGCCGUAAGGCGAACAGCGGGUCGGCCAAAGAAACAUCGCAGGCAAACAAAGUACAAAGAGAUUAAGCGUCUUAAGUGUAGUUAA